CCCAAAGAGGGGUGAAAAGUUUAAUAUAGAGCACCGGAUCUGGGGGUCUGAAGACCAUUUGGCCGUAGCCUUUGGUAUCAAACGCGUGCACGUCGUCAUAGGGUUCGUCGUGGUCGCCAGUUCGUGUGGUUGUUGUCACUCGUCGUCGGGGAAAAGAUCAAUUUCUCCUGCCGCGUGCAAAAGUCUAGACGGGAUCACGUCACGAUUGAUUGGCGCGCAAUCUGCGCUAAUGAGGCACGAUCUUUGAAAAUUCCACCCAUCGCAUCGCAUCGGAGAGGUUUGGCGCGCGAGCGCGCGCAUGUGUGAAAAGUGUCUAGAUUUUCGGACCCCUGGCUUGGGCUGCCCGUCCGCCCUCGGUGAGAAGUGAGUGAAGAAAAACAUCAUCGGAGGCAGUACCCAAGAAAAAGAGUGAGAGUGUCGUCACCCGGCCUGGGCCGGGUAUCUGUGCGAGAGGUCCACGGUGCAGCAUCAGACCCUGGCAAUCUCAUAUCGAUUCGAGAUCGCGGACGGUUCGGAGGCGAAAAGUUUUUCCUCUUCGGUCGGAACGGGUGGUGCGUGGUGCGCGCGCGUGUGAAUUUCUAAACAUUGUCAGUGGUGGCCGAGAAGACGGUCGGACGGACGGACCCCAAGUGGGUAAUGUUGGUUGGGUACGACCAUUCGGACGUCGAAUGCAGACAAAGUUCAUUUGGUGUGAAAGGGAAUAUGAUUACCAUUUUCUUCGUUGGAAAGGUCGCAAAGUGAGAUUUGGGAAACAAGUGCCUGACAAGUCAGUGUCGUUUUGUACACGCAGAUUAGAAGGUGGAUUGUCUGCGGUUUGAAUCUGCCGGAGAAACGAUUUUGUUGCGGUGAGGUGUUAUGAAGUGCUGAACUAGCCAGUUGAAGAAAACGUGAAUCGUGGAAAAGUUGAUGAACAUCUCCAAAAGGAUUCCGAGCCUUGAUGAUCCAGGAUGCUGACGACGGUAGCACUCUUACUGGUCACGUCGUCCGUGCUCGGGACGACGGCCGCCCAAAGUCCGUCUCCAAACGACCCGCCGGCGAAACAAGUUCGAACGAUACUCCUGCCGACCGUUCCACCGGAUGAGGUGUUCACCGUGGUCCACGCACAGUCGGCACCACCAACGGUGGCAGAGGUGGCACAUUCGAGGAAUGGCGUCCAGUAUGAACACUCGAUAGCGUUGGGACCACACAGCAAUUACUAUGUGUACUAUUCGGACAAUGUUCAGAGUGUGCCGCAGCAGGAGCAACAGGAGCAGCAGCUACAACAGCAACUUCCGGCACCGAUUGCUUAUCAGCCUCUCGUUGGGUACUCCAACGAACAGUCUAGUCAGAUAAUGUAUAAUCCCAACUCUGUGCCGGUACAGCUGGUGACUCUUGUGCAACCCACCAUCGACGCGGCCAUCCGUCAGGAGAACGUCACUGCUGAACAGCAGUUCUUACCGACCCCAGCACCGCCACCUCCAUCACCGUACUUGGACAUCAACGAAGAAGGAAUCCAGAAGUUGGUCACAUCCACGCAGAAUCUGGUAACGAACGAGGAUGUUGUGAGUAUCAAUAAUGCUGAGGAAGAUGAACAAAAACCGACGGAUGUGGAGAAAAAGUCAGAAGACAAGGACUCGGAUAACGAGACAAGUGCUAGUUCGAAAAAAGAGAAUCGAUACAACGAUAACGUGGCUGUUCCGUCCUUCGAUAACCCAAUCGUUGUCGGCGAAAUGGCCGAGACGGCUUCGAGAAACCACCGAUCGGGAAACAAGGUGGAUAGUUUGUUGAAGCAGAUCAACGUUGAAAUUCUCGGCGAAUCUGACGAUCACAACAGGGGACAAUUUUUGAAGGAGACCAUCUAUAGAGCAAACCAAGUAACGUCUGAGCCAUGUGAUGAUGAUGAAAAGUCUGUACCAGUGGAAAUCAAACAUGAAGUAACGACGAUACGACCAAUCAGCCUCAGUACCAAAGGUCGAGUAUCAACGGCUUCAAGACUGAGUACACGCUUCCGAACGACCACGGCCAGCUUGCCUACGGCUACCGCACGAUACACAGCUAAAGAGCCAACCACUGUAACUCCAAAGCCUGUGCCGCAGAAAUAUUUGGCACCGAUUCAAGCAGGACUACGCCUUUCCAACUCUGGUAAGAACAUCGAGGACUGUGUUGACGAGAAUGGACCGAAAACGGUCGUGGAAGUUCAGAAGAGUAUCAACCUUAAGAACUUGGUAGUUGGUCCUCAACCGGUUCAACAGGUAAAACAACCGGAAUUCGGUGCAAGAACAACUGUUGUGCACCAACCAAUCAUUGUGGAAAAGCCUGUCGAACGGAUCGUCAAACAGAACGUCUAUAUUGAGAAACCGGUGGAACGCCUGGUACACCAACCAGUUUAUAUUGAGAAGCCAGUCCCACAACCUGUCGAUCGGAUCGUCGAGAAAAAAAUCCCUGUUCCUUACCCAGUCGAGAAGAUUGUUGAGAAACCAGUUCCUACUCCUGUUCAUGUCCCAUACCCUGUUGAAAAGCAGGUCCCAGUUCAUCACUACGUUGAUCGUCCCGUGCCACAUCACGUGCCUGUUCCCGUGACUGUGGAGAAAAUUGUCGAAAAACCGGUCACUAUCGAGAAGGUUAUCACAAAGGAAGUCCAAGUCCCGUAUCCGGUGACGCAGAUCGUUGAAAAGAUUGUCGAUCGACCAAUCCCGGUGGAAAAAGUCAUCACAAAAGAAGUCCAAGUGCCUUACCCCGUCACUCAGUUCGUUAAUCGUCCUUACCCGGUUGAGGUUCCGGUAGAAAAAGUGGUUGAAAAGAUCGUUGAUCGUCCUGUCGAAACGGUUGUCGAGAAACACGUUGAAGUUCCCGUGCCCGUCGCCGUUGAAAAGGUCGUGGAGAAAUUCAUUGACCGUCCGGUUCCCUAUCCCGUACAAGUCCCCGUUGAAGUCCCUGUUCAAGUACCUGUUCACUAUCCCGUAGAAGUCCCUGUUGGUGUUCCCAUCCCGUACCCCGUAGAAAAGCUCAUCCCCGUCACCAUUCAUGAACCCAAACCAACCCACGCCAUUAUUAAAACCACUCACCAUGAAAAGCUUUUCGACUUCCAUAAGCUAUUUGGAGGAAAGAAAAAGCACUACACCGAACACUUUAUCAUAAAAGCUCCCCCACUACCGAAACCCCCAGUAGUUGAAGUCCCGGGAAAACACUAUUACUUCCACAACCAUCACUACCCCAAGAACGAUCUACACUUUGGAGCAUCGAUCCCAGCUCCGUCCUACGUGGACGUGGGUCACAUCAACGUCCUUCCACACCACUUCCCUGAAAAAUCCAAACACAUCUACGGUGUCCCACUUACCGGAGAGAUCUUCAACGGUAAAUCAUCGUACCAUUUCAACCCUUAUCAGCAUUACCCGCUAAUCGAUCAAUCACACUUUGUAGGCAAGUUUACCUACCAAGCAGCUCCGUUACCACCUCCCCUGCCACCGCCACCGCCACAGCAUCACUUCCAAACGUCCUCCGCUCAACUUCUGCCCGGAGUUUACAAGGACGACUACGUUGGGCCAACACCGCUGCUCGAGGAUCACUGGGCCGUCAAGAGUGACGUCAAGUUCCGCCGGAGUCCCGCGUACGGCAAGAGCCUGCGGAUCGAGUACGGAGGUUUCAAACCACCGCUAGUGCCAUCGCUGGAGAUCGACGAGAACGGAGUGCCGCUGCACAAGGAACAGAACGCGAACUGAGAGGUUCAUUGGGGGCCAAGGUUGGAUCACUCGCCUCUCGUAGACUGAAUCUUUUGUUGAGUUUUUUUGUGUGUUCUGCACGUAAUUGUUAUUCUUCGAGGAGUAAUUCGGAUGCCACAGAACCGAAGACUCUUGUGCUGUAGUUUUAGAUUAGGAAGAAAGAGUUAUAGUGAAAGAAUAGCCCAAAAUGCCAACAAAGUAUAUCAAAGCUGGUUUAGUGUAACUUUAAGCAGGAAUAUAUCGAUUUAUAAUUAGUAAUUUAUUGUUACACUUGUGUGUUCAAGUGUUAGUAAUAAGUAACUGUGUAUGAGUACGCGAAUAAAGU